GCCCCUGCAGGACUCCCAGCUUCGCCACCUCCCGCCACCCAUCGAGCAGUUCGACCCUCGCCUGCUGCCAACAUGGUGCUGACUAGUGAAGAGAAGAAGUUGAUCCAGAGCACCUGGAGCAAACUGGCCGCGGAGCACGACGAUCUGGGCGGCGAAGCGCUGACCAGGCUUUUCCAGGUCUACCCGCAGUCCAAGAUCUACUUCCCGCACUUCGACCUGUGCCCCGGCUCCAACGACAUUCACCACCACGGCCAGAAGAUCCAGUCCCAUGCCGCGGACAUCGGCGCCGAGGCCAUCACCAGGAUGUUCGCGGCGCACCCCACCACUAAGACCUACUUCGCGCACAUGGACGUGAGCCCCGGCUCCGCCGACAUCAAGGCGCACGGCAAGAAGGUCGCGGCAGCCAUCGGCGACGCCGUGGCGCACAUCGACAACAUCGCCGGCGCCCUGGACAAGCUCAGCGACCUGCACGCCCAGAAGCUGCGCGUGGACCCCGUCAACUUCGCGCUGCUGGGCCACUGCAUCCUGGUGGCCAUCGCCGCCAACCACCCGGGUCUCCUCAAGGCCGGCACCCUCGUCUCCAUGGACAAGUUCAUGAGCCGCGUCGGCGUCGUGCUGACCAGCAAGUACCGCUAGGCCCCACGAAGCCCGCGGCCGCCGCAGAGGAGCCGCCUCGACGCCACCCCGCGACCCUCAAACACCACAAUAAACCUGCUCUUGACUCUC